CCAACAGGUUGGUCGGUUAGAUUAGCAUAAAAAAAAACACGGCAGGAGUGUUGUCUCCUCCUUUUCUUUCACCCAAACAAAACGAAAAUAAAGCGUCUCUCAUCAGUGACUGCCGCGUUUCAGAGCCGAGGACUGGAGCUCACAGCUGCUGGUAACAAAUGAAUUGAUUGGUCCCUAAUUAAAAUCCCAGCCUGCUGCUCUCACAACAUGGAGUCUCACAGAGGUCCGCAGAGAAAAUAACAAACCGGCGAGGGGACGCAGGGAUGGAGCAUCUGCUGUCCAAAAGCGAAGGGACUGAUGCAAGUGACGAUGUAGAGGAUGAUUUUUCUUUGUAGGAUGGUCAAAGACAACCUUGAUAAAACAAAGCAACAGAGCCCAAAACAGAACCGCACAGCUGAGCCACAAAGUCAAGGUCAACACCGUGAACAACAUGCAGGGACUGAACAGAACACGCACACAGUCAGAGCUGAGAGCCAAGAGCCGGCAGAGAGGCAGCUAGAUUCACUGAUCUGGAUGAAACUUAGCUUAGAGGAGCAGGCUGAAUCUUGGCACCAGUGGGUGACUAAAGGUGACAGUGACAUACUGCCCACACACCUCCGUCCCUUCAGCAGCCCGGCUGAGUAUGAACUGGUGAAAAGCACCCACCACCAGCUCCUCCACAGUGGGUACUACUGGGGACCCAUGACCAUGGAGGAAGCACACAGGAUUCUCUCACACUCAGAAAUAGGCACCUUCCUCAUCAGAGACAGCUGUCAGCCUGACGUUCUCUUCACUCUCAGUUACCAAAGCGUGGACGGCGCGACCAGCGUCCGUGUCCACCUGGACAACCAACUCUUCAGGCUGCAUGGGAGCCACAGGAAUUUCCCAUCACUCUUUACUUUACUCUCCUAUUACACCUCCUCAUCUUGCAAGCUGACUGUGCCCUAUCGCCAGCAGCGUCCAGAGAGCCUGAAGCAACUGUGCAGGAGGGCUAUCAUUCGUACAUAUGGGCCAGAGAAAAUAGACAUCCUACCUGGACUGAGCAAAGAAAUGACACGUUUUGUACACACGUACCCAUACUGUAUAUAAAAUUGAAAUGUAGAAUGUUUUUUGGUAUAUAUAGUUUAUUGCAUGUCCUAACCACUAUCCUUAUGCUGCAGGGGUACCUUAGUGUUUUCUGAGAAAUGUAUUUGCAAUAUUUAAAUGGUAUAUUUUGUUAGUUUUUUACAUUUACAUGUUGUUGAGUUUUAUUAAGAGAUGUGGUACAAUGUUUAGAAGAAAUGUCUGCAAAGAAAAUGGCAAAUGUUUCUAUUAAUUUAUUUCUACAUACAGUUGGUAGUCUGUAAAUAUUUUAAUAAAUAUACACAUAAACUUGAAAAAGUGGGAUCUCAACUGUAACCAUGUAGCUUUAGACCACGUUGAAGAAAUGUUAACAGUUGAGUUUUAUUUUUAAAGGUGUUUUUUUUUUUUUUUUUUUUUUACAUGGCAGGAUUUAUUCUCUGCUCUGUUUUUUGGGGGCCUAAAGUGGACAUUUCAGUAUCUGUAGAUGUAUGACAAAACAGAAAAAAAAUAUAUAAUUUUUUUUCUAUUGUAUUUUUGUCCCUGGACUAAAGACAGUCACAUUUAAAUUAAUAUUUCCAGCUUUGUCUUGAUCCAAAUAAGACCCAGAAAUAGUAACUGAUCGUUUAGAAUGAUAUAUAUGCAUAUAUGUAUAUAUAUAGCUUUGGAAAUUACAGUUGAAUUUAGUUAUGGUUCUAACUGUAUAUAAAAGUGACUUGGUGGUUAAGGAAGCAGACUUAGGUCCGGAAGACUUCAGGGUCCUCAGAGUCCACCAGCUGCCAAGUUACCACUGAGGUGCUCUGAGUAAGGCACCGUCCCCACACACUGCUUCCUGAGCGCUUAAAGCUGCCCACUGAUCACUCUGGUGAUGGGUUGAAAGCAGAGGUCACAUUUGGUUGUGGUGUGCUGUGUCACAAUGAUGUCUGCUGAGUUUAUUUAUUUUGUGCUGCCAAAAAGUUUCAUCCCAAAUGUUUUCACUUUUCCCAGAAGAGUGAAUGUCUAGCCGUGAGGGCAUUGAACUGUUUUGUGUAAUUAGGGAUGUUUGUUUGAUUUGUCAACUUGAACCAAACCUAACCAAACUGCCUCCACCGUUCACAUUUGUCCUGAAUUUAUUUCUCUUUUUUCUCUCGCUGUCCAACAAGUGAAUGGCAGCCCCUGUCACAGUUCAACUUUCUGUGGUAAAAAUCCCAUCAUAAUGAGUUGGAACAGACUUUUCAUCAUCAUUUGGAGGAAUUAACAAACCCACAAGUCAGACGUUCACCUUAUGAUAAGGAAAGGAAGGAAAGUGAACUCCUUGUCUUUGUGACACACCACUGCUCACAACCAAAUGUGACCUCUGCUUUUAACCCAUCACCAGAGUGAACAGUGGGCAGCUUUAAGCGCCUGGGGAGCAGUGAGUGGGGACGGUGCCUUACUCAGAGCACCUCAGUGGGAACUUGGCAGCUGGUGGACUCGAAUCUGAAACCUUCUGGACCCAAGUCUGCUUCCAGCAGCAGCGUUGUCUUGUUCUGUGAAGAGAGGAUGUGGUGUAAACCUCAUUGUAAACAUGACAGAUGACAGUUUGUUUUCUCUCUCUCUCUCUCUCUCUCUCACACACACACACACACACACUCAUGUUCUACAUACUGUCCUAAAUUUGACUGAUAGUGGCCCCUUUCUUCAAUUAGCCUUGCACCAGGGACACUGCGUGCUUGCAGACAUGGACACACUCACACUCUCACACACACCUCUUUUUAAUUUCUCAGAUUCUGAUUGUUGUUUUGAUGUUGACUUUGUUUGUGGCAAUUUUACUUUUCUGUUAUAUCCAUCCAAGUCUCUCAGACUAGACUGGCACAAUAAAUUAAAAAAAAAUUGAAAUAUAACAAUUAUUUUAAUAAUAGUUGAAAAAGUAAAAAAUAAUAAUUCCAAUCUCCAUCCCUUUGAUAAGUCUCUGAAGUCACAACCGUAUGUUGCUGUCGACCUGUUAAAUGCCCUGACUUAUGUCUAAACGGGGUCAGAAUGUCUCAUAAAGACCGUUCUGGGCAACAACUGGUCCUCAGAGGUUGAUGAAAACUAGAACACACACACACACAGUUCACAUAUAGGCAUCUUUGAUGGCAUUAUGUGAACGUGGGCCACUCUGACUUCAGCCGUUGUAAUAUUGUGGACAGACUCAUGGACGUGAUAAGAGAUUAGAGGUCACUAAUGCUGUCGCUCUGUCGUGUAUUCACUGGGUAAAUCCAGCUCAGUUGACAAGAGCCGUAACUGUUUUUUAUAUAUAUUUACAGAUAGUAUAUAUUAUUAUACUUCAUUUUAUUGAGACAAAUAUCAUUCACACCCACAUCCGUACCUAUUAUUAGUUCAAGAGUGUUCAAUUUGUUGACUGUAAGAGAAAUCCUGAGACCCAUGUUAUUUUUAAUAUUGUUCUUUAUUUUAAUAUUACAUUUAAAUCCUUUAUUCCUAAUUUGUAUCUGUUUUUUUUAUAACAAACAUGUAACUUUGUUAGUUUUUUGGAAAUACUUGAUUUGAAAUAGUUUUCUGUUCAUGAAAAUAAACUUUUUUUUCACUCACA